AUGGUGAAGCAUGAGCCGGUCUCAGAGAGGGGCGGGGCUGCUCUGGCCUCAGCUCUGAGCUCCGCCUCCUCCCAUCUAAGAGAGUUAGACUUGAGCUACAACCAUCCAGGACCCUCAAGAGAACUCCUGACCGCGCUACGGGACGACCCCCACUGCCCCCUGCAGUCUCUCAGGUUGGAUCCUGCUGGAGAACAGUGGAUGGUCCCAGGUCUGAGGAAGUAUUCCUGUGAGUUUUCUCUGGAUCCAAACACAGCUCACAGAAAACUCAAACUGUCUGAGGACAAACGGACAGUGACCUGUGUGAGAGAGGAGCAGCCGUAUCCAGAUCAUGAGGACAGAUUUACAGACAACUGUCCUGAGCUGCACUGGCCUGAGGGGGCGCUGUUACUGGGAGGUGGAGUGUCUGUGUUCCUGGACUCUGAGGCUGGAUCUCUGUCCUUCUAUGAGGUCUGUUCUGAGGGAGAACUGUUCCACCUCCACACCUUCAGCUCCUCCUUCACUGAGCCUCUAUUUCCUGGCUUUGGGUUUCAGUCUCAAGGUUCUUCCAUGGCAGUGGUGGAUUUGGGGAAAGCCACCGAAGAGGAGAGCGAAGAAGAGGUCCCUGGUGUUGUCACCCUCCAGCUUCAAGAGGGAGCUGCUGGCAGCACUCCAGAACCGACCUCCUCCUCCUCCUCACGCUCAGUCUGA